AUGUCCGAAAAUUGGGUCAAUUUUCCAUCUGGAUAUGGACUCGUUAUUGCUGUGGGAAUUGGCGCCCCCGCGGUUUAUGCUACCGCCUGGCUAGGCUGGAGGAAGCAUUGGGACGACCAUGAGCUUGCCGUGAGGGAGGACAAGCGGGAGCAAGAGGAAGCCGGUGAGUACGAGAAGAAGGCUAAGAAAGCCGCCGAGAAGGUUGAUCAAGAUGCAGUCCUGAGAGGUGUUGCCGAGGAGGCAAGGAAGUUGGAGGGAUACAGGCAACAAGUGAGGUGA